AUGGCUAACCCUCCUCUCUACCUAGGCAUCGUCCGCGCACCCCUCUUUACAACCCUUAUGCAAGUCGCCAGCCGCAUCCUCCUGAUCUGGGGCAUUGUCUACCCCUUCCCCAACACCGUCGCCUUUUCUCCCAUCUACAGUUCCAUGCUCAUUGCCUGGUCUGUCACCGAAGUAAUCCGUUACUCCUACUUUGCCAUCAAUCUCUCUACUGGCAGCGUUCCUGCCAUCUGGAUGUGGCUGCGUUACAACACCUUCUUCGUUUUGUAUCCUUUGGGUAUCAGUAGCGAGUGCUGGUUGGUCUGGUUGGCUGCCACCGGACCUGCAAAGCAAUAUACUGGCGUUAGGGAGGCUUUGUUUGCUAUCCUCUUGAUUUAUAUUCCUGGUAAGUGUCCUGCGAAUCUUGAAAGAUUGCAAGAGGAGAGCGGCUAA